ACUAUAAAUUAUGUCGCCAAUUUCUUUGUCUCCUUCGAGGACAUCCUCCAGAUCUUCCAUCUCACUUCAGCUGUGCCAACGGAGCAUGAACUUUCACCUUCCAAGGCUGAAAUGGUUUCGCCUCUCCCUCACGUGGAUUCGAUUCUCACUGACGAUAGCACAGCUACGAAGGGUUCCCCAGAAAAUGAGGCCGUUGUAAGAUCUCGCAUAGUUGCCAUCAUCUUGACUACGCUGGCAAAGAUGAAACAAGAAUAUAUGACAAAGCCCAAGCCAAUUCCCCGUGUCUCUAUCACGUCGUCCUCGUCAGUCAUGUCAGGUUCGUCUAUCGCUUCUAUUGAAUCUAUCAACUCCAUUCACCUACAAUCGAGCAGGAUAUCAAAUUCCUUGGAUAGUCGAUGGCGAAAUGGUGCGAUUGUCGGGAGUCGUGGACUAUUCCCUUUGGUACGGCAUGCACAACGACUCUUCGACGAAUAUGGCUAU